GGCGGCGGAGACAAGGCGGAGGAGACAAGGCGGCGGAGACAAGGCGGCGGAGACAAGGCGGCGGAGAGCCCGGGAGCGGCGGCGAGGGAGCGAGGGGGAUGGCGGGCAACUUCUGGCAGAGCUCGCACUACUUACAGUGGAUUCUUGACAAGCAAGAUGUGAUGAAAGAGCGACAGAAAGACUUGAAAUUUCUGGCUGAGGAAGAAUAUUGGAAAUUGCAAAUAUUUUUUGCAAAUGUAAUCCAAGCUCUCGGGGAACACCUCAAAUUGAGGCAGCAGGUUAUUGCAACUGCAACGGUCUACUUCAAAAGAUUCUAUGCCAGGUACUCGCUGAAGAGUAUUGAUCCAGUAUUGAUGGCUCCAACCUGUGUAUUUUUAGCGUCAAAAGUAGAGGAAUUUGGUGUGGUCUCAAACACACGUUUGAUUUCAGCUUCAACCUCUGUGUUGAAAACCAGAUUUUCUUAUGCGUUUCCAAAGGAAUUUCCCUACAGGAUGAACCAUAUAUUAGAAUGUGAAUUUUAUUUGUUAGAAUUAAUGGAUUGCUGUCUGAUAGUAUACCAUCCCUAUAGACCAUUGCUACAGUAUGUACAAGAUAUGGGACAAGAAGACAUGUUGCUACCAUUAGCAUGGAGGAUAGUGAAUGACACCUACAGGACAGACCUUUGCCUCAUGUAUCCUCCAUUCAUGAUCGCCUUGGCUUGUUUGCAUGUAGCAUGUGUAGUCCAGCAAAAAGAUGCUCGUCAGUGGUUUGCUGAACUCUCAGUGGAUAUGGAAAAGAUUCUUGAAAUAAUCAGAGUCAUUCUGAAGCUGUAUGAUCUAUGGAAGAAUUUUGAUGACCGAAAAGAAAUGGCAGGAAUCCUUAACAAGAUGCCAAAACCAAAACCACCUCCAAACAGUGAGGGAGAACAGGGGCCCAAUGGUAGUCAAAAUUCCACCUACAGCCAGUCCUAAGAAACUGUCAAUUCCACGAAAGACUAAGAGUUGAGUGGAUUUCAACUGUGAUAGCCAAGGAAAUUCCUUACACUUCAUGAAGACUUCUGCUAGAAAAAACAGUGGAGGGAAGAUGCAUGAGAUUGAGACGUUGCAGUUUUUCAGACUUAAAAAACUUUUGGAAACAAAUAUUCUGAACCCCUAGAACUGCUGCUGCAAAAAUGAACUUGGAGUUUUAUUUGUUCGAGUUUUGGUCAAAUGUUGAGAGAGGACAUUUUAUUCAUUGUCUUGCUCGUGCUGCAUUUUAGAACUAUGUCUAAUAAAAUCUCCACCGGUGUAAAUGA